AUGUCUACAACAGAUGAAUUAAGUAUUUUAAUGCAAAAUUUGCAAAAAUGUAGUAACACAAAUGAAUGUAUAAAUUUUGAUUUAACUAGUACAUUACAAGGAUUUUUAAAUUAUUUAGAUAAAAAUAUUUUCGAAAAUGUAGAAAAGAAAAUAAAUGAAAAUGAAAAUGAAAAAGAUUUUAUGAACAGUUUUACGUCUGCUGCAAUUUUUGUUGAGAAUUGUGUUAAAAUUUUUAGUCAAAAAAUUGAGUAUUUACAUAAUUUAGCACAUAAUACUUUAUAUAAUAUUUAUAAAGAAAAUAAAAAUAGUAAUGCCUCAAAGAAACACUUAAUAACCUCCUAUGAAGAAGAAUAUCUAUUUAUUAAUGAGAUAAAAAACUUAAAAAAUACAAGUGAAAAUGAAAUUAUAGAAGAUGAAUUAUUAGUUAAAACAAUUCCAUUACCUACUUUUUUAUUUACUGAAAAUAUAAAAAAAAAAGAAAAUAAUGUUGAUAACAUUAAUAAAUUAAAUGAUGAAAAUAAUACAGAAAAUAUAAAUGAAUCAAAAAAUGAAAUGGAACAAAUUAAUGAAUUUGAGGUAAUUGAAAAAAACUCUUUAAAUUCUCUAAAUUUUGAUAAAAUGUUUCUCGAAAAUGAUGGAAUAUUACUGUUAGAUAUAAAUGAUUAUAAUAUUUUCAUAAAUGAUCAAUAUGAUUUUUCAAUUCAAAAUAAAAAUAGUUCUAUUUUAUUUGAAAAAUAUGAUUUUUUUUCUAGACAUUCUACAUAUCUAUCAAAUAAUUUAAGUAAAUUUAUUGAAGAAAAAAAAAAUGUGGAAGAUAUAUAUAAAAUUAAUCAUAUUAGCGAUUUUUUAUCAGAAAAAGUAUGUUUUGAUAUAUUUUUAUUUAAGCAAGAUUUUUUUGAUUAUGAUUUUUCACUUGGUAUUUUAAAAAAUAAAAAAAAUAUUUUAAAUAAAUAUCAUGAACAAAAAAAAUGUUUUUAUUUAUUAGAAGAAAAUACUCAUAUGGAUGGAAAUAAAUCAUUAUCAAUAGAAACUGACAUAAAAAAGUUACCCAAUUAUUAUAUUCUAAAUUAUCAAAACGUAAAAAAUUGUGAUGAUUUCUUUAGAUAUAUGCAACCUAACGAAAUCCUAGAUAUUAUGAAAAAAAAUAUUAAACAAGAUGAAAAUGAAGUAGAAAAAGAAACAUUUAUUGUAAAAUAUUCAAAUGAUCAGAAAAUAUUUCAUCAAAUGAAGAUUCCUGAAUUAUAUAUUCAAAAAUUAGGUUUAAAUUUUUCUUUUUAUUAUUUAGAACCAUUAAUCUAUAAUUUAAUAAAAGAUUUAAAAAGAAAAAAAAGUGUUGAGAAAUUUUUUUCUUUAGAUUUCUAUGAUGACAAACCAAAUUACGAUUUUGAUAUUUUAGUAGAUGAUGAAUUUAAUGAUGGAAAGAAUCAAGAAAAUAAACUAAUUGAAGAAAAAUUAACUUUAGAUAAUUUCAUGGAUGUGAAAUCAUUUAACGAUGAUAUUAAUAAUCUUCCUUUAGAAGUGUUUGAAAAAAAAAAUUCAGAUGAAUUUUUUGUUUCUUUUCAAGAUGAAAUUCAUGAAAGAGUUAAUAGAUGGAAUUUGUUUCUUGAAGAAAAAUUAGAAAUUUUAAGAAAACAACCAAAAUAUGAUGUAGAUGAUUAUAAAAAGAAUAUCAUUAAUUAUACUAUAAAUAGUGGAAAUAAAAUAUAUUUUUCAAAUCUUCUCAAAGAUAAAGAGCAAUAUCAAACAUGUAGAAACUUUUUAACAAUACUAAUGCUAAUAAAUGCAGAUAUUUUAGAUAUAAAAGAAGUAAAUAAUAAGAGCAAUUCAAAUGAUGUCAGUAAUUAUGAAAUAUAUAUAAAAAAAGAAAAUAUACAAGAAUACUUAAGUACCUCUAAGAGAUUCAAAAAUACUAGUUUUAUUAUAAAAGAUAAAAAAAGAAAAACAAAAUUGUCUAAUAAUAUAAAAGAUAUAUUACCUUUAAAAAAAAAACCUCAUAAAAUUUGA